AUGGCACGUAUGCUGACGGUAUUCGAGCGGAAAAGUGGCCAAUGGGCGCUUGGCUCUUGGCUCUGCCUCUGUUUGUCGCUGCAGAGCUUGAUCUCAUUGACCGGGUGCGAGCCGGCUGGCAGCGGUGGCAUUGCUACAGAUGUUCAUGGCAAUCUGCAUUUAAACAGCUCGGAAGGAUCUGCCGUUUUUAUCAACGACCUUCCAAUCGUAUCAACGCUCCGCAGUCAGCGCCAAGCUCUGGCCUCGCUCCAGCAGCGCCUCAACACGUUACAAGAUCAGCUCGUCGUCGACUUUAGCGGCAACGUCUCCUGCAGCUUUGUCCUCCCCCAUGGUACCCAGCACCUGAAUGGCCAUGUCAACCUGACAAGUUGUCCCGAACUGACCGCUCCCCGCCUCUACCAAUUCCUGGGUCGCCUUGUCACCCUCAAUGGGGAUCUCACCAUCCAGGCUAAUCCUGCCCUGGCCAAUCUUGAUGGCUUGCGAGCUCUGACUACCAUUGCUGGAAACGUCCAUAUUGUCUCCAACCCGCUGCUCGCCAACAUUGAUGGCCUCGGUGGUCUUCAAUCCAUCGGUGGCAGCCUCAAAUUAGAGGAUAACGCCGCCUUGACCAAUCUUGAAGGUCUAAGCCGCCUCAACGUGCUGGGUCAAGCUAUGAGCAUCGAGUCGAAUCCCGUCCUGGCCAAUUUGGAUGGUUUGAGGAAUCUGACAUCGGAUUCACUCCAAUCGCUCUACAUUCGUAACAAUGCUGCUCUCUCCCACAUUGAUGGGUUGCAUGGCCUAACCCUGGUCGUCAACUCCGUCACCAUUCAGAACAAUCAAAAUCUUUCUUCUGUCGACGGCCUCAACCGUCUCACCACCGUGGGCUUUGCGUUUAUCUCUGCAAAUCAUGCCCUCACCAAUCUGGAUGGCCUAGCUGCCCUGCGCUCCGUCCACCAGCAUCUCAGGAUUCAGAAUAACCGUGCUCUGCAACAAGUGCGGGGGUUGCGACGUCUGGAAGCCGUGACGUUCGACCUUAGCAUCAACACUAAUUUUGCAUUGACAAGCCUUGACGGACUGGAUGCGCUUACGAUUGUGGGCAGGGAUCUGACAAUGAUGAGAAACAUCAAUCUCACGGACUUUGAUGGCUUUGGCGCUUUGCAAAGCGUGGGCGGGUCAAUUACCAUGCGGGCCAAUAUUGCACUGGUGACCAUCGAUGGAUUUGCCAACCUCACAUCAAUCGGCAGCUUUCUCUCCAUCAGAGACAACAACGCGUUGCAGAGCGUGCACGGCUUUACGCAACUCACAUCCGUUGGCACUUAUGUCAACUUUUGCAACAACCCGAUUGAGGACAUCAAUGCCACUCAAAUUCGGUUUGGAGCCCUUGGUGAUCCAUCCAAUUCUUGCCAAGCCUUUGUUACCUCGGAUUGUUCUUCCUGUGUGUGAUUAGCCGGCUGGGGGGGGGGGAGGCGUGGGGCGUGAAGGGAAGGAAGAAGUCUUGUCCCCCCCUUUCCUCAUCCAUCAGGAGCAGGCUCGUCAACUUGCUUGCUUUGAAGGAAGAAGUGGCAGAGGCUCAAUUCAUCCAAGAGUCAGCUGUC